AACGGACGUGUCCUCCCACACUUGCGCGGUAGCUUUGGGUGGUAAUCGGUGAGAAGUGGUGGGUUCUUGAUCUAAAGCAAGUUUGAAGUGACGAUCUCGCGCUUGAUACGGACGAGUUUUCUGUGCUAUUAGAAUCUGAUGUGACGAAGCUUGUUAGCUACGGACUGUGACAUACUCUGGAGUCGAUACGUUUGAAGCCAUUGUCGAAAGUUUAGUUUAACGCGUGACGUUCGAGGGAGAGUGUGUGGAAAAACAGUGGAACUCCUUUGUUUGGUGAUCGCAACGCCACUGGAUACGCUAAUUUGAAUAUAAAUUAGCCAACAACGGGACGAAUGGCAGACGGAGGAAACCUGUACAACGGCGAGGUUCCUUCGGCCGCAGAACACCAGCCUUACCCGAUCGACCAAAAUGUCUACUUUGAGGUGCCGAGCCGAUUUGUUCUUACGCGACAGUUGGGCAUCGGGGCCCAAGGAGCUGUAAUGGCCGCAAUUGAUAAGACCUCUGGAAAGCAAGUAGCAGUCAAAAAACUCUCCCGACCAUUCCAGGAUGAAACACAUGCGAAGCGAGCGUACCGCGAGAUAAAGCUACUGCAAAUGCUGGACCAUCCUUUUAUUAUCAAUUUACUAUACGCCUACUCGCCACAAGCAAGUUUAGACUCUUUCAAAGACAUUUAUCUGUUCACGGAAUGCAUGGAAAGCAACCUGAGCACCGUGAUUGGCAACCCUUUGGACCACGAAAGAAUUUCGUUUCUCAUUUAUCAAAUUCUGUGCGGGAUCAAGCAUUUGCAUUCCGCAGGCAUCAUCCACCGAGAUCUCAAGCCCACCAAUAUUGUGGUGAAUAAGGAUUGCUCUCUCAAGAUCCUUGACUUCGGGCUGGCGCGAAGCGUAGGAACCAAUUUCAUGCUAACUCAGUACGUGGUCACCCGGCACUACCGAGCUCCGGAAGUCAUCCUCUACAUGGAUUACGACACAAACGUGGACAUUUGGGCAAUCGGGUGCAUCAUGGCGGAACUCAUCAAAGGCCAAGUGCUGCUACCGGGAACCGAUCACGUAGACCAGUGGAACCGGAUCACAACCACCCUGGGGACCCCAUCGCAAGAAUUCAUGUCCCGGACGUCCGAUUCCGCGCGGAGGUACAUCGAGAAUCUUCCCUUCCAUCCGAGGCCAUCGUUCGAUAGGCUUUUUCCGGACUCGGAUUUUCAACACGCAGAGGGCAGUUUUCCGGAGGUGAACAGCCAGAACGCCCGUGAUAUGCUCGAUCGAAUGCUCACGAUCGAUCCAAUGGAGCGGAUAACCGUUGUGGAAGCAUUGACACAUCCCUACGUUCGAUGCUGGUCCCGAGAUGAGGAAGUUAACCGUCCUGCAUCGGUGCCAUACGACCACACCUUGGACGAGCAAAGUCUCAGCUUGGGCCAGUGGAAGGAACUGUUGUUCCGCGAAAUAAAGGAUAUCCAAAGACAAACGCUAGGCGAAUAGGAAAACGAGAGGCUUGUGUUAAUUAGAGAAGUGAAGAAUUUUAUUAAUAGUCAGGUUUCGAAUUAUUUUAAAUAUAUUUAUCAUGUUACGAUUAUUUAGAUUUUAUACUAUUAAAGUUUAUAUUUACGCAAUAGCAAAGUAUAAUUUAAAAACUUGUAUCGCUGACUGAAAAAAUCUUUCUUUGUGGACGAUUGAAUUGUUGAUUAGAUUACGUCAGGAACGGAUUCUUUUGUAAAAAGUUGUUGAAGAAUGUUGAAAUAAUAUUUUCUUAUUCAAAUUUAAAGAAUCUUCCAUUAGAAAUCAUUAAGAAAUGAAAAACCAAUUAAAAGACUCCGAAGUCGAUAGAAGUCACGCUAGAUCUUUGUAGUCUAAGUUAUAACAUGUUAUAUAAAUUAAGUUAUCGACAUGAUAGUUCAAAAGCGUGCGCCGUCUGAACAUAAUAUUAGGAUUUAAAUCACAAAUCACAUACAAGCAAUCGUGUGAAAUUUAUAAUUCAUUCCUUUAUGCCUUUUUUGAACAAACAAAGUUAUACAGAAAGGGCUAUGAAUUCAUUCUAGAAACCAACAUUUUUCAAAGUAGCACCCAAGAAUAUACAAAUCGAAAUAAAUGUAA